AUGGAUGCUGAUGAGAAAUUACAACAAGCUGAAAUUGCCAAAGAAAAAGGAACUAAAUACUUCAAGGAAGAAAAAUAUACAUUAGCAACAAAACAAUACAAGAAAAUUAUCAACUACCUUGACACAGAAUCUUCAUUGGAAGGCCAAGAAGAGGAAAAACGGAAAAGCCUAUUAUUAGCAGCACAUCUAAACAUGUCUUUGUGCUAUCUUAAGGUUGCAGAGCCUAUUCGCGCAAUACAAGCCAGUGACAAAGCAUUAGAAUUGGAUGAGAAAAAUGUCAAAGGUCUUUUCCGUAGAGGACAGGCCAAACUAAAAGUGAAUGAAUAUGAAGAUGCUCUGAAAGACUUUAACACAUUGCUCAAAUAUGAUGCUGACAACAAAGCUGCUAAAAAUCACAUAAUCUUGUGUACAAAGAAAAUGAAAGAGUAUAAAGUCAAAGAAAAACAACUUUAUGCAAAUAUCUUCAACAAAUAUUCCAUGGAAACUGCCAAGCUUGAAAGUAAUUGUGACGCCGAAGGGAAUGUGUUUGAUAAUGUAGGGGAAUGGCAUAAUGACAUGGCCCAGGGCAUGAUGAGUAUUCCACAAGAGAUGGAGGCUUUCGGUGAGAAAAUGCCAGAGACUGGCACUACGUGCGCGGCCAAUGAUGAUUUUGAUGACAAUGAAUGA